CCUUCAGUCACUCGCAGGUGUUUCCCGGCGCUGGGCGAGAGCGGGGGGGUGAUAACGGUGGGGAACAACUCUAAAUUCGACGAUGGAAGAGGAAACAUCAGAGAUGCUAAGGAUCUGUUGGAUGGAGUCACGAACGCCACGGUGGUCAUCGAGGCGCGCCAGGUCGUCAUGAAGAUCUUCGAGGACUACACGCAGUCCUGGUACUGGAUCCUGAUAGGGUUGGUUAUCGCCAUGCUCACCAGCCUGCUCUUCAUCGUCCUUCUGCGCUUCCUGGCAGGGAUCAUGGUCUGGGUCAUGAUUGUCAUGGUGAUACUGGUCAUCGGAUACGGUAUCUUCCACUGCUACAUGGAGUACGCCGCUCUGAAGGGAACGGCGGGCUCCGACGUGACUCUGCAGCAGCUCGGCUUCCAGACGGACUUCGCGGUCUACCUGCAGAUCAGACAGACCUGGCUGGCCUUCAUGAUUAUCCUGGCCAUCGUGGAGGUCGUCAUCAUCCUGCUGCUCAUCUUCCUCAGGAAGAGGAUCCUCAUCGCCAUCGCUCUCAUCAAAGAAGCGAGCAGAGCCAUCGGCCACGUGAUGUCGUCCCUCUUCUACCCGCUGUUCACCUUCGUCCUCCUGGCCGUGGUCGUCGCCUACUGGGCCGUCACGGCUGUCUUCCUGUCCACCUCUAACGAACCUAUCUACAAAGUUUUCAACGAGACGGCGUGCGACUACUCGAGAAAAACGUGCAACCCGGCGAACUACUCCACCAGUCCUAACUACUCCACCAGUCCUGAGAAGGCGCAGUGCCCCGACUCCAUGUGCCUGUUCGCCUUCUACGGCGGCGAGACGGCGUACCACAAGUACCUGAUCGGCCUGCAGUUCUACAACGUCUUCCUGUUCUUCUGGUGCGCCAACUUCGUCACGGCUCUGGGCCAGAUGACCCUGGCCGGGGCCUUCGCCUCGUACUACUGGGCCUUCGUCAAGCCCGACGACAUGCCGGCCUUCCCCCUGUUCUCCUCCCUCGGGAGAUCUCUCAGGUAUCACACGGGGACCCUGGCCUUCGGCUCCCUCAUCCUCUCAAUCGUCCAGAUCAUCAGGGUUUUGCUGGAGUAUCUGGACCACAAGCUGCAAGUAAGUCGGACUCGUUCCAGGUGA